UCUUUUCGCGCGUGUACAUAUACUCCUCUUCGAGAAAACCAUUGUGCCCCCCCUUCAUAGUUCUGUGUACUGACAAUUUGAUUCGGCUUUGGGUAUUUGUCCGUUUCCUUCUCCGUAUUGGUAAUCGAGUUCAUAGUUUUCAAUGUCAGACGGCUUUCCUUUUCUCCGGGCUCGCAUUGUCCCUCUCAUUUCUGCACAUCUUUUCUGCGAUUUCAGUACUCCAUUCGCGCCCUCUUUCAUCCAUUUUAUCAUCCCCCCGCUGUCUUUCUAUUUGGUUUAGAAUUUUAAACUUUAAGCUUUCAUUUCUUCUCCCCACUUCUUCAUUUCUUUGUGUAUUUACUUCAUUGGUGCUGAAUAAUCUUCUUUUCUGGAGCUUGGUCAGAUAACUUUUCAGUUUUAACGAUUUUGGAAUCUCUGAAUCGAACACAAAAAAGCAAGAAUCUUUGGGUUGUGUCAGAGCCAGUGAGGCUGUAUAUGAUGUAUUAAAUUCUUGAUUUUUUUUGGGUAGAAACCGCAACUACUAUUCAAGUGUAUAUGUAAACCCGUAUUGUAACCCUUUGCCUUAAACGAGUUCAGGUUGUUCAUUUGUUCAUAACUGACUAGCUCAAAUUAAAAAGAUUGAGAUUUGGACUCGUGAUCUUGUGAUUACAAGUUUGUAUCUUAGCUAUCUUGGCUGGGGUUAUCCAUUAGAUUCUUGAUUUGGCUAUAGAUAUAGAAGAAUUCAGUUUUUGAGAUUUGAAAGGAAGAAAAAUGGGUUCAGGUCCUGAAGAAGCUGGCAAUGCCAAGUCUUCAGGAAUGGGCAAAUCAAAGUCUAGAAUGGGGAAGAAUAAUGAUGAUGAUGAUGGUGGUGCUGGGCAGAGUUGCCGUUGGUUUAACUUGUGUUUUCUGGGGAAUUGCAUGCCAUCAAGGUCCAGAAUAGAUAUCUCUGUUAAUAGACCUGCCACCACUCAUCAUGAUGCCAAAGGUUUUAGUGAUACCAAUACAGACCCUCCAGUUGCUUUAGUUUUAUCAUCUUCAGCCACGAGUAAUAUGGAAAGUACACCGCCCGCUCCCAACAGAGGCGAGGAACUGAAAAUCGCCUCUCAGCUUCGGAAAUUCACUUAUAAUGAGCUAAAAGCAGCAACGAGGAACUUCAGACCUGAAUGUCUUCUUGGCGAGGGAGGCUUUGGAUCUGUUUACAAAGGUUGGAUCAACGCAAAUGGAUGCACGCCAGUAAGGCCGGGAUCAGGACUCCCUGCUGCAGUGAAGACUCUCAAUCAAAAUGGACUUCAGGGUCAUAAGGAGUGGCUUGCUGAAGUAAAUUACCUUGGUGAACUCCAACACCCACAUUUGGUGAAAUUAAUUGGCUAUUGCAUGGAAGAUGAUCAAAGAUUGCUUGUCUAUGAGUUUAUGCCCCGAGGAAGUUUGGAAAACCACUUAUUCAAAAGAUCCCUGCCGCUUCCUUGGUGCAUAAGAAUGAAAGUCGUUUUAGGUGCUGCAAUGGGCCUUGCUUUCCUCCAUGAAGAAGCUGAAAGGCCUGUUAUAUAUCGAGAUUUUAAGGCAUCUAAUAUCUUAUUGGAUGCGGAAUACAAUGCAAAGCUCUCUGAUUUUGGACUUGCCAAAGAUGGUCCCGAGGGAGAUAAGACUCAUGUAUCAACACGAGUAAUGGGAACUUAUGGUUAUGCUGCUCCCGAGUAUGUCAUGACAGGACACCUGACAUCAAGAAGUGACGUUUACAGUUUUGGGGUAGUUUUACUCGAGAUGUUGUCUGGGCGGAGAUCCAUGGACAGGAGCAAAAGGAAUGGGGAACACAACUUGGUUGAAUGGGCACGCCCAUUUCUAUCAGAUAGGCGUAGGUUUUAUCGGGUGAUAGAUCCGUGCCUUGAAGGUCACUUUUCUGUGAAAGGAGCACAGAAGUCAGUUGAGCUGGCUGCAACUUGUCUUUCCCGUGAUCCAAAAGCCAGACCCCUAAUGAGCGAAGUUGUUGAAACACUGAAGCCUUUGCCCCAAAUGAAGGACAUGGCUUGCGACUCGCCCUACUUUCGUGUCAUGAAAUCUAGGUUUGCCAGUGCCAACCCAAGUGCCAGGAAUAGUCACAGGCUAGAACCAGGAUUAGCAUUUCAAAAAAGGCGGCCAGCUCGGAGCCUCUCUAUACCUGUACCGAAUGGCCCUCUUGCCUCUCCAUAUAACAAUACCUUUAAUCAUAGAUCACCAAAACCUAGUAUUCGUUCACAAGAAUGCUAAAUCCAGCAGGUUUGUCAGCCAGGUUGAGCAACUAUGAGAUCUCAUUCGAUCUAUUUGUUCAUGUUAAGAUCAAGCGUUUAUUACUAUGCCAAAAGUUAUAGCUUGUAGCAAAGGUACAACUUUAUUUCCUUAUAUCGCCACAUUUUUAGAGGCAAGGUGCUAGGCGGAGCCUGAUCCCUAGCCACCUGGUGCUGGGCGGAGGCCUAAUCCCUAGCCACCUAUGCUGGACUUGGCUCUUCACUGAUCUCUUCCCAACAAUUCAGUACCGAAUUAUUACAUAGUUGCAAAUGAUCAUCGUAUUAUCUGUUGAACCGAGCAA